AUGUGCGGUCCCUGUGGUGGUAGUGGUCUUAUUGGUGUGAUUUCGCUGUUCUGGCGCCCUCAAUCGAUCUGGACGAGGUCUGCCAAGAUCCUACCCAACAAUAACGACACCCUCGAGAAGCUGAAGGCCCUCCACCCUCCUGCUCCCUUCCCGCCCGACCCGACCCCCACCCAGCCCCCAAACAACGCGCCACGCCCCGUUUUCGACCCCGACGACGAGCACCUCCUGGAUGCGCUCAAGACGGCCCCCAAAGGUGCGGCACAGGGGGGGAGGGGUGGCGAUAUGAGCAUAUCAGCACCUCCGCGCGAUCCAUAG